UGGUUAAACUGGUUGUUACCUUAAUGUUUACCAGCCUAUAGAGUUUCAAGGAUUUGCUCAAAUAACAAGCUUCUUCACUUACAUCAUCAUCAUCCUCAUCAUCACCAUCUCUUAUCCUCAUCAGUCUAAUCAUCAUCACUUAUGACCCAGGCAUCAAUACAAACAGUUGAUUCAUUAACAAGCAAACAACUUUUUUUUCCGUUUUGCUAACAUUUCAGUUUCCAAAGUUUUAUUUUUGCAAAUUUGUUUAAACUUUGUUCAUUUGAAAUGAAACUUCAUUCAACAAUGAUUACCACCAAUCUGUGAAAACUUGAAAACAACCUUUUUUUGUUCUUUUUUUAAAUUCCAAAUUGAACUUUCAUUCUCGUGCAACUUGUCAUUCCCAAUCAUGGAAAGUAAAAUGUCACCAUUUUUCUCAUCUUUUCCCAUUCCAAGUUUUGACCAAACUUCAUCAUAUCAACCUUCAUGGGAAGAACUUUUCAUCAAAUUAAAGGAACACCUUUCAAAACGAACAGUCGACCAUUUCCAUGAUGGACCCUUUAAGGCUACAAGUGAUUGUGUCAAGGAACCCUUCGGACUAAAUGGGUUAAAUGAUAAAACAAAUCUCAUUGACUUUAAUGGAUUCCCUUAUUUAAUGCCCCUUUCAACUGGACCAAGACCUUUAUACUCUCUCUUUCAAUUGGGACAAAAACUGGUAUUCAAACCUGGAUACAAUUUGAUUCCAUCCAGUAAUCCUGAGCUUUUCCAUGAUACCAAUAGCCAGGCAAGUUUGUUAGCUAAAGAAGAUGAAGUCAAAUACGAAGCUAGUCCAAAGUCUCGGUCAAGUCCUGUUCAAGUUUCACCUUUGAAUAUGAUCAACACCAUUCCAAAUAAUCUCGUCGAUUCUUUUACUCUUACCAAUACUCAUCACAUUCAUCCUCACAAUGGUCAUCAUGUUCAUCCCCAUCUUCAAGUUCAAUCAAAUUUAUCUCACCUCAAUGUUCACCCUGCAACACAUCAACUUGUACCAACCAAAGAGGAUAAUGUUAAAUCUAAUGGUUGCAUUGGAUCAACACUUGCAACUGGACCCAUUCAAUUGACAACAACUCUACCUUCGUCAGCAUUUUCAGCCUCAUCAUCAUCUUUAUCCUCAUCGUUGUCGCCCUCUUCAUCUUUAUCCUCCAUUGAUUCUCAACGACAAUCUUCUGAAAGUUCAACCAGUCGACCAAGUGAAAGUUUAAAGCGAAGUCUAAAAUCGGAUGAUGAGGAUGAAGACGAAGAUGAUGAAGAUGGUAAAAGUGGUGUAACUGGUCGAGAGGCGAGUCGCCGUCGUCGAACUGCCUUCAAUUCUGAACAACUUCUCGAAUUGGAACGUGAAUUUCAGUCUAAAAAAUAUCUAUCAUUACCGGAGCGAGCACACCUUGCCCAUAACCUUAAACUAUCCGAAUCUCAGGUUAAAAUUUGGUUUCAAAAUCGAAGAGCCAAGUGGAAGCGAGUUAAAAGUCAACGAUUGGGAACAGCCAAUACAUCUCAAACAACUGGACACAAGAUUCACGUUCCUAUUCCCGUUCAUGUUAGUCGACUGCAAAUUCGAGCGCAACAUCAGCAAUACGAGAAAAGCGCUUCACGAUUUCUUGGUCUCAAUUGUUCACUAAAUGGUCUUAAUGGUCCAACCGGACUCAAUGGGGUUCUCAGUCCAAGUGGAGCCAAUGCAACCCUUGGAACCAAUGGAUCAAGUUUAUUUAUUCAAGCAAAUCAAACUAAUGCAAACACCACCACCUCCAACAAUGGUAAUAACAGUAAUAAUAAUAUUGCUAAUAAAGUCAAUUCUGUCAAUAAUCUUACAAGUAAAUGUUCAAAUGAAACCAGUAAAAUGGCAGAUAAUGUAAAUGGUAAAAUUGACAGCAAAGUUAAUCAUGAAAACCCUGUUAGUCCAAAUUCAUUUACCAAAUGGAGCACUCAUCAUCUAUCAGCAGAUGAUUUGGGCCAUGUGAAAUCGAAGCAAAAAUGA